AUGGCUGAGGGAUAUCUUCGGGAACUACGGGAUAUGCAGGCCACGGGGACCCUGUGUGACGUUGUGGUGAAAGGCGCGGAAGAUUCCUCAGCUGGUAUUCCCUGCCACCGGAACAUCCUCAGUGUCUGCAGCAAAUAUUUCCGCGCAGUUCUGGUUAAUUAUGCCUACACACUGGAAAUCAAGAUUGACGUCAACAAUGCUCGAUCGAUCCUAACGGCAGCGCUCUUUCUGGAAAUUCCUGCCGUCGUCACUCUGUGUUGGGAUGUUGUGGAGGAGCACAUGGAUAUCACCAGUUGCUUGAUGGUUCACCGUUUCGUCGAUCGACAUACCAAAGCGCAACUGGCGGCACGAGCAAAAGCCAUGGUUCUUUGCAGUUUCCUCCGAAUCUCACGAAGCGCUGAAUUUUUACUGGUUGAUGCAGAUAAGUUGGUCGAACUAAUUGCAUCAGAUGAUUUGCGCGUGGGCAAAGAGGACAACGUGCUGGAAGCGGUAGUGCGCUGGCUGGAGCACGACCCAGCCGGACGAAAGGCGCUGGUUUCCGAUGUGCUGCAGUUUGUGCGGUUUGUCUUUCUUAGUUCUGCAGCAAAGAAGUAUUUUCUGUUCCUCUUCAAUGGUUUUAUCACUACACCAGCUGACCCUUCAUCAGUGCCGUUCGGAAUUGCUCAAACUGUACCCAACUGUCUAGCCAAGACCAUCACAUCUGAAAGUCGUCCCCGGGAAUCAUACGAUUUGGCGAAGGCGAUUGUGUGCGUUGGUGAAUUGAAGAGUGGAGAAAAGAAGACUCACAUGUACAUUUUCAUACCGUCGACAUCACUUGUAAUGCCUCUAACAAAUCUACCAGAAAAUAUCGAUGCUGCUGCUUUGGCGAUGCUACCCAAUGGCUUAAUAUUGGUAUGCGGAGGACGUUCGAAGCCCCUGUCAGAGUGCCGAGUCUGGCAGUAUGAUGCCACUGGCUUUGCAUGGACGGAUCUCGAACCCAUGGGGCACAAGCGCUAUGGAGCGGGCGUCGUGGCUCUUAAUGGUCGAAUUUAUGCUAUGGGCGAUGUUGAUCUACGAGCUGGGACCAGGGGUCGUUCCGUAACUUUGUCCUCCAUGGAGGUGUACGAUCCAGAGGGUGGCAAAUGGGAGUUUGUGGCUUCUCUCCCGAUCACGCUAGUCGAUUUCGCCGUCUUGGCGUGUGCUAAUCGGCUGUACGUGUUUGGAGGCGAAAGUGCAAAUCGGGAAGAGGUCAACAGGGUCUACUGCUACGACCCUGUAGGGGAUGUAUGGAGCAGAAUGGCCGACAUGUCCACGGAGCGGCGUUGUUGUACGGCUUGCGUGGGUACCAGUGGGCAGAUUUAUGUGAUCGGUGGGUCGGCGGAUGCGGACGAAGCUGGACACUGUGGAUAUCUCGUUGAGGCCUAUGACACAGCGACUAAUCAGUGGUGUAAAAAGAAAAAUAUGCUCGUUAGUCGUCAUUCAGCUGUCAGUGCAUGUGUCGGCGGAGCGAUCUAUGUUGUUGGUGGGGUGGAUGAACGUGCAGACUAUGUCGAGAAUACGUCGAUUGAGUGCUAUGACGAAGACACCGACACAUGGACUCUCCACAGCUGCCAGAUGCCGGAAGAGAGAGUACUUACGGGAUGUGCUGUAAUGCCACUGAACACCGGAACGGUUCUGGCAAAUGGGAAUGUGGCACAGUGUGGAUAAUAUCUACAAGGUAGACAUUCUC